AUGAGCUCUCAAGAAGAAAAGCUUGCAUUUGUGGUGGCGAACGAGACUAAACUCAUUACUAACCUCAGCGCGGGAGCAAUUAAUAAUGUGACGAAGGAAAUCAAAUCCACUAUUGUCCCUCAUUAUCGCUGGGAAGAACUUUUGGUGACGGUGCCAGUGGCUAUAAACUGCCUAGGUGGCUGUUUCAUCGCUGGUUCAUCCCCGAUUGCGUCGACCACUACGAUUCCCACGUUCGAUUACAGAAAAACGGAAUACGCAGGUCAAGCACCGAAAAUCGAGACAAGCCCAGAGAAUUUACAAGUAGCACUCGUCGAAUGUAGUAAUCUUGGCCGGCAUGCUUUUCUCGAGGCUGAAAGGGGCAUGGGACGGAUCAGCACGUUGGGUUCACGUACGAUUACCACAGUAAGCCUUCAUAGCUAUUCAUAUUUCGGAUUUGUUUACGGGUCGAGAAAGCGCGGAGUGUCGCGAAGGCUGAUUUCGGGUUUCCGUCUUUUUGUCCAGAACUGUCAACAAGUUAUAGAAUGCCUUAACAGCCCGCCGAAUGCCAAAAAGUAUCUUUCCUUGAGGAUGAGCCAGUUGAAGAAAGCUGCCGAUGAUUGCCAUGAAGCGGCUCUGCUGAUGGACCAGAGGCUUGAAGAAUGGCUUUUAUACACCUACAAUCUCCAGAUUUCCUCCGACGAACAUCAAUUGACGACGGAGAAGCAACGUCAAAACAAUGAGCUUGAUUUGAAAAUCCAAGAUAUCAAGGAGAAGGCGGCGCAAGAUCAUUUUUGUUUUACGAAACAGCAGUCUGAAAAGUUUAACCAUCAGGUUGAAGAUGCUCGAGAAGACUACAGGAAGGCCAUGGAUAAUUUUCCGAAUGGGUGGGAAGGAUUACUAGGAGAUCUGGCAUCUGGUUACGUCAACACCAUGAAUACAGCAAUAAAUGCUAUCACGUCUGUGGGAGCAGACCAGGGCGCCACUGGUGUGCAAGGACUUGCUCGACAGCUAGCCACACAAUCGAGCAUUGGCCAAAGUCUAAGUGAAGCCCUCGUGGGUUCCGCCGGAGAUACAUUAACCGAUAUUGCAGACCCAGCAUAUGUCCAGUUGAACAAUAUUAUGGUUUAUCUCAAUAUAUUCAAGUCUGUCAUCAAUGGUCCAGAUGGAGGAAUCGACUGGGCGCAGGCUUCAAAUGACUCUAAUGGGAAUAGUAUUUACUUAUUUGCCUACCAGAUGCUUUCUUCAAUUAAAGAUACAUUUAGGCCUUCAGAUCCCGUGGGUGAUGCGAGCGCGAAGUUGGUGGCAGUCUUACAUGCAAUUACCCAGGUACUGAAAGAGAUUAGAGACACCGCUGCUACUGCAGACAACCUUGAUAAAGCGGACCCAAUUGUGAUAAAAUGGCAGGACGAGUUUAAUACCCAGUAUAAUAUUGCCUAUGAAUUGCAAGCUAAGGGGCGUAAACUACCGGGAAAUCCUAUCAAUUCUAUGCCAGUGAUAGGUGGACUGCAGCAAGCCGCUCUAAAUACCCUCAAUUCCAUUCAAACGGGUGGUGAAAAGGGUGUAGCUCAAGCUAUGGUUGACAAUGCAAGAGCCAAAGCUGAUGCCGCAAAUGCUGCAUUGAGGGAGGUCAACGAUAAACUCAUGGAAUCGAACAAAAUGCUAGCAGAACAAAAGAAAGCGGUAACCGAGGUCCAGGCCAGUUUGACGAAACUCCAAACAAGCGAAAUAACUCUCGAAGAAGUCAGAGCUAUGCUUGUUCAGUCAAUCGCCUUAAUCGUUAAAAUGAAGGCACAGAUAGAAACGCUCGCGAAAUUCUUCUCCGUCGUCUCAACCGCAGUUGAUGCUGUCGUGAAAACAGUAGUGGAACCCUUCAUGCAGGAGACUGCUAUCAGUCUCGAGAAUUUUAAUGAGCACUAUUCUCUCGAUGACUUCAUGCGAACAUCGAUCUUUCAUGGAGUAUUGACGAUCAGAGCAUACUUCAGCAGCUUUACGGACGUUGCCAAGAUGUGGAUUACUUUAUCGGAUAAACACAUUAUACCAGGCCUCACCAUCGUAGAAGAAAUUGGGGUGUUAUCUGCAGGAAUCGAUCCUAAAUACGGAGAUACAAAUACUAGAAGAGAGAUGAAUGCUAAAAUAGACAAAUUGGAGAGUUGGGUAAGCGGCGCUGGGGCUGGGAUUGGGAACCUAGCAAAAGCGACGCAAGAAAAAAUCCAGUCAGAGAUGCAAUCGCGUGUUCAGGAGAUGGCUAAAACUACUUCGUUGCUACUACCAUCGCCGGAAGAGAUAAAGUUAAUUGAAGAAGCCAAAGUGCAAGGCAGGGUCCCACCAGUUAUGAUUGGGAUGAUGACCCUUUGA